AUGCCUAUUGACAGGUCAGCGUCAGUGAAACCAGGGCUGGCAAUGGUGGAUAAGACUGAGAAGACUGAGAAGACUGAGAAGACUGAGAAGACUGAGAAGACUGAGAAGACUGAGAAGACUGAGAAGACUGAGAAGACUGAGAAGACUGAGAAGACUGAGAAGACUGAGAAGACUGAGAAGACUGAGAAGACUGAGAAGACUGAGAAGACUGAGAAGGCUGAGAAGGCUGAGAAGACUAAGAAGAUUACUACUGCAUAA